AUGGCCCUCAUGAUGCGUGUGAGUAGGGUGCGACAGCAGGGCGAUCCGGACAUCCCAAGAGUCCAGUUCAGCGCAGAAGAAGAUAAGCAGCUUGUAGACGCCAAAGCUGCUGGCAUGACAUGGCGGGAGGUGUGGUCACUCUUCCCUAAUGUGCAUCGCAGACGACUGUACAACCGCUGGCAAACAUUGUCUGUCGCUUCCGGGACCUACAGACGGAGGCACGCGUUCUCAGAGACGGAAUUGUCUGAAGUCUUGCACUAUCGUGACGAAUUAAAGAUGACCUUCAAGGCCAUUGCGACCAAGAUGAACAGAUCUCUGAGUUCUAUUCCCCAAGCCUACCAGAUGAUAUCACCAAACCCGUCUUCCAACAAAGUUCGCGGCUGGACGGUGGAGGACACGAGCCGACUGCGGAGCAUGACACGGGAUGGGCUUUCCACGAAAGACAUUGCCCAUAAGCUGGGACGGUCACCGCAGGCCGUUGAUGACAAGCGCCGAUACUUCGUCGACCGAAACUACUUCAAUACGGCGGAUUCACGCAUUCCUUGGAGCGCGGAGGAAGACCGUAUUUUGAGAGAAACUGUCGAGCGCGGCGACAAGCCAACGGAGAUCAUGGAGCUGCUACCGUCCAGGACAUCAUCAAGCAUAAAAAACCGCUUACAUGUACUCAGACAUAAAGCCUAA